UGAAGUGUGCUUAUCGCAUCAGAGAAAUGGAAGUUCCAAUGAAGAACAUUUGCUUUCUAGUGCUUUUUAUAACUCUAGGCAUUGCUGGGAUUGAUGGGGUUUAUGGGGCCGGUGAAUGUGGGAAAUCUUCUCCGGACAUGGAGGCUUUCAAGCUGGCUCCUUGUGCAUCAGCAGCGCACGAUGAGGAUGCAGGAGUUUCUGACAGGUGCUGCAGUCAGGUGAAAAAGAUUGGCCAGAACCCAAGAUGCCUUUGUGCUGCUAUGCUUUCUAAUACAGCUAAAAGCUCAGGAGCUAAGCCAGAGGUUGCAGUGACCAUUCCCAAACGCUGCAAUAUUGCUGAUCGUCCUGUGGGAUUAAGUGUGGAGGUGGACAAUGACCCACUUCAUCUCAUCCAAAAACUACUUGCUCUGUUUUGCAGCAGCUACUUGAAAUCUAGCUAG